AUGACUUUCAUGUCAUUUAUUCGUGAUGAGCGCAUCGUCCUGCUGGGGAUUGGUGUCGCUACGUUCGGCAUGGUCACUAUGAUGACCCAGAUGCUGACGUACAUCCGCGACGAGAAUGAAGUGAAGGCAUCACCUCCUAAAACGCAGUACAUUACGCAGGAAACAGAGGACUCGCUUGGUCUCGAAACACUUGACAAACUUCUCUGCCAUCCCAACUUCUCUAUCCGGGAUGUCGCAAUCAAGAUCCUCUGCGACCGUGCAGUGAACGACACCGACACCGUUCGAUAUCUGCUUUAUGGCAUUACCCGGCCUGACUACGAUACUCGUAUGCGGAGCCUUCGUGCUCUUGCGACUUUGACGGGUCAGACCAAUGACUUUGCAGAGGGUCUCUCCAAACUGCACACAUGGAGAGCGUACACGGCCCUCGUGCGGUCCCUUGAGCUCAGCUUGGAGGAUGUGGAACACACGAAGCUCGAUGACAAGUACUGGGACGAGUAUUAUCUGCGCGACAUGGCCGAACGGUUCUGCCUCAUGUUCGUCCUCGAGCUGGUUACCAAGUACGGCGCCGACAUGCUGGUGAAGGCCAAGUUUGUUGAGAAAUGGCUGGCGAAGCAGCCUUGGGGAGACACCGAGUCCGAGGUUCAGGAGAACUUCAUCUACUACAUGGAACACAAGAACAACCGUAUCGUCGACAUCGUUACCAGGAUUGCACACACCACCGCUGGCGCGAAGGCCAUUGUUGCCUGCAAGUUGGCGUCCAAAACGAAUUUCAACCUCACUCCGGAUGCAAACAUUGCUGGCUUUACAAUAGCAUUGCAGUCGACCUUGUCAAAUGCUGAGGGCGAUGAAGGCCAACAGUCCGCAGAGCAAUCCGUAGAGCAGGUGCCUCGUACCAGAGAGCACUCGGCGGAAGAACAACGUCUGAGACGCCGACAUCGAGAAGCUAUGGUCUUCAAUGAUGGCACACGACCUAUCCACAGAGAGGACAUAAUUGAGAGAGGCCACGACUCCCCCAGCUGA